UAUCAUAACUGGAACCAGUGUUAAAGUAAGGGUAUAGGGUGUGCCAGUGUGGCUGUAAUAGAAACCGGCGGACUUCUGUUUAACCUACCUUCAAAUGCUGUACGGAUAUCUUAGAGAGGCAAACUGAUAUCGUUAGAGCUUUGGGGGAAGCUGCAGGGUGAAGGGAGUCAAUGGGAAUUGGGGCUCUUUGGAGACCAGAGGGCCGCCCCUCACGCACAGCUCGCGGAGCAGGCAGGCGCUCAGGUUUAGUCCCGCGGAAAAACUGCUGUGAGAAUGUUCUCAAGAGGUUCCGCUCCUUUGUGUGUGUGGCCACUGUUGUUUUUUUCUUACUCCUGGGAGUCUGCCUACACUACCUUCCGGAUCCAUCAGCGCUUGAUCCGUUGCUUUCUCACUUUGAGGAGAACGGCUCGGUGACGCUCCUGAUAUGGACGCAUCCGUUCGGGCGAUACAGCGAACUUCCGGACUGCUGGGAGCUGUAUCAGAUCGAUGGUUGCACCCUCACGGACGACACGCUCAGGUACCCCCAGGCUGACGCAGUGAUAAUUCAUCACCGUGAGAUUGCCACCGGCACUGAUCUCCCGCCAGAACCCCGGCCACUCGCGCAAAAGUGGAUAUGGAUGAACUUCGAGUCACCCACGCACACACCUGGACUCUGGCAUUUAGAGGGCGUUUUCAACCUCACAAUGAGCUACCGGACAGACUCGGACAUUUUCCUGCCGUACGGGUAUCUUGUCCCCCGUAAGCGCACAGAAAGGGGUCUCCAGAGCAGUUUUGCGCAGCCGCUUCGCGGACCUAACAGCUCAAAACUCCUCCGGUCCCGCCUCGUGGCCUGGGUCAUCAGCAAUUGGUCGGAGUCCCAGUCACGCGUGGCCCUGUACUACCAGCUCCGCCAGUACAUCCAGAUUGAUGUGUUCGGGCGUGCGGGUUGGCCGUUACCGACGGGCAGCCGCAGCGUGGUGCAGCUCAUCAGGCGGUACCUGUUUUACCUUGCGCUGGAGAAUUCCCAGCACACCGACUACAUCACGGAGAAGCUGUGGAACGCCGUGCUGGCCGGCGCCGUCCCCGUGGUGUUGGGUCCAUCCAGGCAGAACUACGAGCGCUUUCUGCCUCCCAGGGCCUUCAUCCACGUGGACGACUUCCCCACAAUAGAAGAGCUGGCCCGGUACCUGCUGAUGCUGAGGCGCAGCCCGACACAGAUGAGAUGGCACCUGGACUGGAGGAGGAGCUACGGCGUACACCAGCCGGCUUUCUGGAGUGAACACUACUGCACGGCCUGCAGGGCGGUGAGGAGGACGAGAGCCAAGACUGGUGAAGUCAGAGACCUGACACUUUGGUUUAAGUCGUGAAAACCGCAUCACAAAGAUCACACAAAAAUCAAGUGAAGACAAAGCUGAGAGAUAAGGCAGUCUGUGACAGUGAGAAGGAAAAGACUCACUAACCACAU